AUGUCCAAACGCAAUCGCCAACAAAAAGUCAGCAGCGAUGAAGACAGUGAUGACGAUUACUCUCAACACGAUCACUCUUCGGAAGGCGAAGACAACAACAAAAAGCAAAAAUCAUCGAACACACAACAAACCAUAGAUCCAUCAUCCUACUACGUGAGAGAAGAAGAUUUGGAUGAUGAAUAUGAUUCUGAUUACUACAAAGAUGAAGAAGAUAGAGCCUAUCUAGACUCACUCUCUGAAUUACAACGUGAGAAAAUCCUAUCUGAACGUUAUGAGGAGCGUAAUGAGAAGAGAAAACGAAAAGAGAUUUUGAGAAAACAAGGAAGAUUGAUUGAACGUGGAAAGAAGAUGCCUACAACAGUCCCAGCAUCUGCGAGUAGUAGUAGUGGCACUACUCUUACAUCAUUACCCAACAAAUCAUCUAGUCAUUCGACCUCAUCAUCAUCUCGUAAAAAGUCCUAUCAUGAUCCCGAAUUAGAUUUAGAAUUGGAUGAAGAAGAGGAUGAGGCUCCAAAGAACAACAAAUCAAAACGUGGUUCCACUUCAACGGCAAAGAGAGUACGAAAAAGAUCAUCCAAACCUUCAACAUCCGAUGAUGACAACGAUCUGUCGGACAAUCAAGAAUCAAGACAACAACAACGAAAACAUACACGUGAUGAUGCAGACCGUCGUUCCGAUGAAGGUGAUAAUGCUGUUGAAUAUGAAUCACGAUCAAAUUCAAUGAGAGACUAUGAUCAAGAAGAGGAAGAAGAAGAAGACGAAGAUAUUUAUGAAUCCAGUCAAUGUAAAAUCACCAAAGAAGACUUGGAAAAGAUUCUCAUUCGAAGAUCUGCUCUUGAAAAAGAGUUUAAAGAACCUUACUUUUCAGAAAGUGUUGAAAAGGCAUUUGUUAGGGUUCUUGUUGGCUACAAUGAACGUGCACAGAAAAAGACGUAUCGUCUCUGCCAAAUUGUUCAAGUACAAGACAUGAGCAAGGAUUAUCCAUUUGGAGUGAACAACGCAGAAAAGACUAGAAAAGGAUUGUUAUUACAAUUUGGUGUACAAAAAAGGACAUGGCAAAUGAGUGCCAUCAGUGACAGUAAGGAAAUUGAAGAAAAUGAAUUUCGAGCAUGGAAGAGUGAAAUGGAAAAAGUUGGUGAAAAAUUUCCAACUCUCAAAUUUAUUGAACACAAAAUUCAACAAUGGAAGAAUUUGAAAGAAUACAAAUAUACAGAUAAGGAAAUUGAAAACAUGUUGAAAGAAAAGAAAAUGUUGAAAGGAGGUUUAAUUGUAAAGAACAAACAAUCCAUUACUAGAGAGAUUAGUCAAAUCAAAACUAAGAUUAAGGAAAUUAUGGAUGAAUUGUAUUUGAGAAGUUUAGGAAAAUCAAAACAAAAUUCAUCCAUGAUGAUGAAUGAUGAAGAUAAUGAAGAUAAUGAAGAGGAUGAUCGUUCAGAGAGACAAUCCGAUGAAUCUCUUCUCAAUGAAAAAGCUAAAUAUGAAGAAGAAUUGAAAAAGUUAGAAGCUGAAUAUUCUAAAAUUGAUUUUCUCUCUCCAACUGCUCAGAAAUUGGGUAAAAUCAAUGUCAAGAAUAGAGCAAUGGAUCAAGCUGCACAUGAACACCGAAAAAAGCAUCAAACUUUUAAUGCUUUGACCACUCAAGGAUCAGGUCAAUUAGAUCCCUUCUCUCGUAGAAAGACCAACUCAUCCUUCUUUGUGUUAGCUACUGAGAGUCCAAAAGAAGAAUCAAAAAAGGAACAACCCCUACCAACAACAGCUUUUAAGAAAGAAGAGGAUUCCACAAAGAACAACUUGGUCUCCUCGAGUAGUAGUAGCAGCAGUUACAUGACUCAGAAGACUGUUUCCUCAAGUGGAUUACACGAUUUUGAUUUGGAUCUCACAGCCCCAGUGGAGGUAAGCACUGCCAAUACGACUGCAGUCACUGCUCCGCCACCAUCGUUGUUGAAAACCAUCAAUACCAUCACCACUAAUGCUCCAGUUAAAAAGAUGACACUUGCCGAGUACAGAAAACAGAAAUUGAAGCAGUAA